AUGGCGGCCUGUGGAACCGGGCGGGGCGGCUCAGCCCCCGGGGCCGGGAACGGAGACUCCUCCCCCGCCCUCCGCCCGCCGCGGGAGGACACCCGGCCGUCGGAGCAGGGUGGAGGGGAAGCGUCUGGGGACGCCCCGGAGUGGCUCGAUGUGUUGGGGAGCGGGUUGCUCAAAAAGAAGACGCUGGUGCCAGGCCGGGGGGUGGACACUCGUCCCCGCAAGGGCCAGGACGUGACCAUUCGCCUGAAGGCCACGCUGCAGGAUGGCAGGGUGGUGGAGGAGAACCCUGCCCUCACCUUCACGCUGGGGGACUGCGAUGUGCUGCAGGCUCUGGACCUGUGUGUGCAGCUCCUGGAAAUGGGGGAGACAGCUUUGAUCAUGUCAGAUGCCAAGUAUUGCUAUGGUGCUCAGGGCAGGAGCCCUGAUGUACCCCCAAACGCGGCCCUCACCCUGGAGGUGGAGUUGCUGGCAGCUCAGGAUGCUCCAGACCUGGAGCUGCUCAGUGGGAAGGAGAAGAUCGAGCUGGCCAACCGGAAGCGGGAGCGCGGCAACUUCUUCUACCAGCAGGGAGACUACGUGCUGGCCAUCAACUCCUAUGACAUUGCCCUCAAGGUCAUUGGCUCCAGCUCAAAAGUUGACUUCAGCCUGGAGGAGGAGGCCGAGCUGCUGGACGUGAAGGUGAAGUGUCUCAACAACCUGGCAGCCUCUCAGCUUAAAUUGGACCAUUAUGAGGCAGCUCUCAAGUCCUGUAAUCUGGUCCUGGAGCACCAGCCAGGGAACAUCAAGGCUCUCUUCCGAAAGGGGAAGGUCCUGGCUCAGCAGGGAGAAUACAGGGAAGCCAUCCCCAUCUUGAAGGCAGCAUUGAAGCUGGAGCCUUCAAACAAGACCAUCCACGCUGAGCUCUCCAAGCUGGUGAAGAAGCACACAGACCAGAAGAAUGUGGAGACAGAGAUGUACAGGAAGAUGCUCGGGAAUCCCAGCGCUGCCGGCGCUCCGGGGAAGUGCAAAGACAAACUGCCCUGGUCCAUCCCUUGGAAGUGGCUCUUCGGUGCCACAGCCAUCGCGCUGGGCGGCGUGGCCUUGUCCGUGGUCAUCGCAGCGAGGAACUAA